UCAUGACAGGCCGCUAAACUGAAACUAGUAAAGGAAACAAUGCAAGACAGCUACAAGUCAAGAUUUUAAAAAAUGUUCAUUCAUUUGUUCUUAUUUGAAAGUAUAAUAUGCUCUUUGUAAGCACACCAUAAAGCAAUUCUGAAGAACGACAGACUCAACAAUCAGCUGUCUUUCUCCAGAGUCAUUAAGGCCCAGAAACAGCAAAAAUAAUGACAUGAGUAUACAGGCAGGAUCUCUGCAGAUACACACACUUACACACACAGCUAGUGGAUCAUAAGUGAUGGCUGGGAGAGAUUAUUAUUGUAUGAGUUUAAACCUGUCAGUGUCUGACCUCACAAAUGCUUUACUGCAUAAAUGGACAGAAAUUCCCACACAAACAAGAAAGUCUUGACAGAAGAGUGGAAGCUGUUAUUGCUGCAAAGCUGUCUGUGUGUUUGGUAUGCAAUCUUAUUGAAGUCUCUGUUGGUGUAAGGGUCAGGUGUCCCGAUACUUUUGUCUAUAGUGUAUGCUUCAGUGGGCAAACUGACUGUUACUGUGCUUGAUGUAAUAAUAAUAAUAAUAAUAAUAAUGAUAGUUUUUUUAAAUAAACUGAUCUAUAUUCCCAGUAAUAGUUACUUUAUCAUUCAAAAUUCUGACUUAAUGUCUGACUUAAUAUCUAUAAAACUGAGUGGCGCACUGUAAAAAGUGUACUUGGAUGUGUAAUUCAGUCGACAGCUGCGUGUGAUUUUUGGUAUGUAAUCACAAAAUAUUUGAAAAAUCACUGAAUUCCAAAUUAACAAAAACCACAAUGAGACAAUAUCAGCUUCGUUGUAGUUCGUCGUUUAUACGGUUGGGCAGACUGCAAAACUCUCUCUGUGUUUUACUCUGUGCAGACUUCCUUUAUACGACUGGUAACCCCCCGCCCCCCUUGUGGUAGCCUUGGGGCUCAGGAUGUUCUCGUCCUGUUAUAGAGUGGAGCAUAUUUUCUGUUGCAUACAGUCUACAGUUAUAAAAUACUCAAAAGAACAGUGUUGUCAUGACCUAAGAUAACAUAGCAAUAAUUUUUCCACUACAUUCCCACCAUCAAAAGCUUCUGAAGAAGAAGAAGAAGCAAGAAAACCCCAACAGUAUGCUUCCUUCUACACAGUGAUGUGGAAACAAAAUAGUUCCUCCAUGAAACUGCUCACAACCAGGUCUGGGGGUCAUCUUCAGUUGAAUAUUUCAAAGUAUUAGAUGGAUAAAUAGCACUACAGGUAAGAUGACAAGUGUGUAUUGUUGAUUUUGGGUUGAACUGUCCCUUUAAGUAAAUAUUUAACAAUCAUAAAAUCCUCCUGUGCUUACCUGCGGCGGAAAAGAGGGUUGCAUCACGUGGUGUGCAUACUUCAAAUACCUUCAGGUACCUUCAAUCCUGAUGUUAAGUGUUUACACGCAGUUUCCGUUACAUUUAUUGUGCCUUCACAGCGUAUCUCAGCAGUAAGGCCGGUCGUGAAUCACUGCUGUGGCUAACGUCUCACCAUGUUGACCGUCUCGGAGCUGUCAUUGAACGUUCCCUCCCUCGCUGUGGAUUCUUCUCUUCUGACGACGCCUUCCGACGUCAUCUUCACCGAAACUUGAAGGUUAACACACCUGGCAGGAAGGAGAGGGACGCUCGGUGUCCCCGUCCGGAGGAGACGUUUCCCACGGGCUGACAGCUCCGACGGCGUGAGCUCGCUGAGUGGACCUGUUGUUUUUGAGGACCCGUUGCCUUUUCGAACCGCACCUGGGACGUCUGUGUCCACGCGCAGUGCACUUCGAUUACCAUAAAAGUUUUACUAGGCACUUCCGCGUUGGGACUCGAGGACGAGGCCGACAAUACCGACUCCCAUUUGCCACUGGGAGGGAGCUGGGAAGCGAACCAGUAUGGCAGAGGAGCUGCAGAUGGUCGAAAUGAAUCGGAGCGAUGGAGCAACGUAUUCGUCAAAUGCGCCGAUGACAGCAGGUAACGGAGACGGUGCAGCCUACAGGAUCCCCCAGGCAACAGAGAGGGAUGUGUUGCUUUCCGUACAGACUUCUGAUUGUAAUGGAGAGACGAUGCCCUCGAGCCAUGCAGCAGAUAAUCGAAGUAAUCUGGGGCAUACAGACCCUCUCCAAAAGAAGAGCCUCAUGUGCAGGAUGAAGAGAGAGCUGAAUGAGAGCCUCUUCUGGAAAGUCAGACUGUGGAUGGUCAUCAUCUUCAUCUUUCUCAUCAUCUUUGUUGUGAUUAUAAUUACACUGCUUGUGUGUUCAGCGAUCCACGAGGACCCGGAUGAGAGCUUUGACCCUUCGCUGUUUAAGGUCCCUCUGUAUUUCAAUGGGAGCUUCCAGCUGCCCAACCUGGCCUUCAGAGAGGAGUUUCUCACGCUUUCCUCCAAUGAAAGCCAAGCACUCGCUGCUGACUUUCAGGAAAAGAUUGCUGACCUCUACAUAUCCUCCCCUGCCCUGGGACGAUACUUCUCCAAAGCUGAAAUCAAUGCCUUCAGAAAUGGCUCAGUCGUCGCUGACUACAAGCUUACGUUUCUCAUGCCGGAAGAAGGACAAGAUCAGCUGAGAAACUUCACUCUCAACAGGGAAAUGGUGUACAACGUGUUCAGACAGUUCCUAUAUGACCAGGAGGCAGAUGAGUCAGAGCUGAUGUACAUUAAUCCAGCUUCCCUUACAUGUUUUGUGAGACACUAAUAACAAAUAUCCAAAAACGGACUGGAAAACUGGUGCAUCUUGCUUUCUUCACCAUUUAUCUGAGACACUGAGCAAAAAGCAAACCUCCUGCAGAAGGUGCACGUUUGCAGCAUGUGAAUUGUCAGGCUUCUUUGUGGUUCUCCCAUGAGUUCUAUAUGAUGCAUCUUUACCACAGGAAAGAACAUGACGCAAACUCAUGGUGGCUGUACAUCACAUGGGUGAUCUUAUUGCAUGUUCUCUUAAAUAGCCUUUUGAGAUUGUUUUUAAUUGAAAUCCAUCAACAGGUAAAACAGCUGUCUGUUUAAUGUCAAACAGAAUGGGUUACCUCACAAGCGAAUUCAAACCAAGAAGCAGUAUCGACAUGAAUGUCGGUGCUAUAAUUAUUUAUAUUCAAUCCCAACUACUGACUACUGACCAACUACUGGACUCACUGUGAUUAAUCCUUGGCCGUUUAUAUGGAGCCUGUGGUUGAAUAACCAGUUUUUGUUUUUUUGUUUUUUUUUUUGUGGAAAUUCAAGUGUUUAUAUUUGCGUAACUGUGCCAUUAUUUUCUGCAGCCAAGCUUGAUUUGCAAACCAAAACUGUGUAAGCCUUUUAAAAUGUUUAUCUAGAGAGCGACAAACAUUUUAGGAAAAUCAGCUUUGGAGAACUGCCCAGGAAAAUUGUUUUUUAAGCUAUGCAUGCAAAUAGCAUGCCAGAUACCGUGUACAGAAAGACUCCAUGCUCUGUACAGGGAUCACUAAACACCAAUUUGUUUUGCAUUUCUCUGAGGUUCAGUUUGACAUUCAAAGCAGGGCUCAGUUUUCGCCCUCAUUAACCUGAUUUACUUCUAAUUACCUUGAUGGCUGAACAGUAGAGGGAGAGCGUGUCCCACAUACAAGUGAACAGAUAAUGUUUGUGUUCUCCUUGUCUACACUGACUUCCUUUCAGAGUUAUUUUAGUAGCAGCUUGUUGCAUUUAGGGGCACAGGUGGUGUGUAAUGUGUUGAUCAGAGCAACAUGUCUGUCUUCUAAUAAGAUUACAGAUGUGUUUAAAGUUUAUGCCAAAUUAGCUGGUGACAGACAGUCAGUUUUACAUCAGAUGGUUAAUUAUUAUUUGUUGCUUCAGCUGGUUGCACAUUAGUACAGGAGUUCAUAGAAAGGACACUAUUUGCCAAGUAGGGUUUUUUUAAUCAGUUCAUUUUUGUGGUACGUUUCAUUAAGGUCUAUUUUUAUGUUUUGAUUAAUGUAAUAAUGUAAGAAAAUCUGUGUGGCCUGUAUUCGUUCAAGUUUUUACUUUAUUUAGUUACAGUGUAACUUCAGAAUCACUAAAUCAUGCCAAGUACAUGCCAAGUACUGGUUUACCAUCAAAAAUAUGCUCAAAGGCUUUACAUGAAAGAGAAAUAAUAUGUAUGAAUUCUUAGAGUGCUGUGUAUGGAACUAAACACUGAUAUUUGUUUUUUCUGUCUGAACACCUUUCCUUUUUUUUCUCUUUUCCCAAAGGGCAAAUGUAUUUUCACGUGUAGUUCUCAAACAUCAGUCCUGCAUGGCAGUCACAUGCUGGUCAAGAGAUCAUGUUUAAACAGCAGUGCUGAUCCAGGAGAUUUCAGCAGCUUAUUUCUGUACAUAAAACCAAAUCACUCCGCCUUCUCUUUUAAACCUCCAGGUAUUGCAAACAUUGGAACAGACAAGAAUAAAUCAGCACAUUUUUGUUUAGACUGGAUUUAUUGAUUCAAACUGAAAGUUCACUUUGAGGUCAUCUUGACCUUUGCUGCUUUUUACUGUAUUAAGGGUGAUGGAGGGUAUUUUCUGCAUGUGUCCUUCUAUGUUCCUUUAAAGUAAACACUUUUCUUAAUCUGUCGGUAGCAGUGACAGAUCAAGUGCCAGAGUGCCGGGCAACAUGGAUCCUGGUUGUGUGUGUACCUUAUGGGCUGGACAUCAGCUGUCUGGAGUCACUGGUCGUCCGUUUUCUCUGUGUUAUUUUGAGAAUGGUCGGUCAUCUAAAGCCUGAUUUGCUAUAAUUAGAACUCUGGGCCUGCAUUGUCUGAUUGGUUUAAGCAGCACUUCACCACUCUCAAGUCUUUAUUGUAUCCAUAAUCCUCAGAGGUCAGUCUCAUGGGUCAGCAUUGGUGGUUAAACGUGUAUUUAUCCAUUCUGGGACAUCUCCAAGUGUUUUAUCUGUCUUUACUGACUCAGAUUAAACCUCUUAAAUGCCUCAAGUAUAAAA